UGAUGCAAUGAAAGGCGAUCUCGCCCAGGAUAAUAACCGCCAGAUUCAACUCCAAAGGAAGGAAAGUGUCAGUUAUACAAUGCUAUGCACCGACAAACAACGCAGACCUCGAAACGAAAGAAGAAUUCUACAGACAACUACAGGCAACAAUGGACAAAACUCCAGCUGGUGACAUUAAAAUACUAAUGUUAGACAUGAACGCCAACCUGGAACCAGACAACACAGGAAGGGAACUCAGCAUGGGUAGAGAAGCUUUUGAAAAAAUGAAUGAAAACGGAGAACUCUUCUCCGACUUCUAUGCCUUCAAUGAACUAGUGAUUGGUGGCAGCGUAUACAAACACAAGUAUAUCCACAAGGCUACAUGGGUGUCACCAGAUGGGUGAACCAAAAACCAAAUUGACUUCAUCUCAAUCUCAAAGAAGUGGAGGCGCAGCCUGCUGGAAACAAAAGUAAGAAGAGGAGCAGAC